UACUUGAAGUGAUUCUUUUUUCCUCCAUAUAGAAAAAGUUUUACAACUUCAUAGGUAUAGAGUGUAAUUCCUAUUGUUUUGGUAUACCUCACCGUCACAUUCUUCUAAAUUGAUCUUCUGCCCUAAAGGAUCACCCCCAGGCUCUUACUCCAGCAAGAGUUUUUCUGUCAGUUCUGGCUGUCCUUGGGUUGGCACGACACUAAAUGUACCGUAAUAUGAGAAAUAAUGACAGAUCAAACCGAGAUUCACAUACUGGCACCAGAAAGCUCAGUGGGUAGGGCACCGGACGAGGGAUUCAGGGGGCCGGGGUUUGAAUCAGGUCUGGUCCGUCAUUUUUUCUCCAAUUCAGUUCCACCUGUUAACUAUGACAGUGCAUGAGGUCCUUGCAAAUCAACUGAAAUCAUGACAUGCAGUACUAUAAAAUUGAAUUUCUUAAAAAUUGCUGUUUAAAUAGUCAUUUUUCAAACAGUUUCUAGUUUUUGUCACAUUUCAUUUUGUUUUAGUAUGGUGAUUUCUAUGCCACAGUCUAUAUGUAAAUUUGACAUGCAUUGCAUUCAAAAUUUACCUUUCAAAAUAGGUUUUUUAAGCAUAUUUAUUAAAAAUGAAAAUAAAAUGUAUAGCUCAAAUCAAGACCAUGCCUUUAUAUUUAUAACCCAUUACAUUUGUAUAUGUACAAGCAGCAUUUUAUCACCCUUUCUGUCUGUCAGUUUCAGCCUUUUCAUAACAAUCAGUCUUGCGCAGUCAAAUUUCUCUCACUUAUUUCUUCUACAGAUUAUUUGUGUAAGUAAAUAAGUAAAGCAAGACAAAGAUUUAUUUUUUGAAUGAAAAAUACUGAAAAACUAUGGUAAGAAUGGUAGUUAUUUUAUACGUUGUAUUGUAAUAAGAAGUACGUGGUAGACAUGUUUGUCACAUUCAGUCCCCUCUCAUUGUGUCAUUACAUGAUUUUUUUUUAACCCAAAACCUUGUACAGUACUUGUAGUUCAAAAGGUAGGACAUGUUUUUAGCCCCAUACUUUGUACAUGUACUGUAAAUGAUUCCAAACAACAGUGACUUUUCAUGGCAUGAAGGAUUAAUAAAAAAUUAUCACAAGGAACAUGGAGGCACCAUAACAGCCAGACUUGCCUUGAAUGCAAUCAAACUUGCCAAUGAUGAUGAUUUCUUGGUAUCUGAAAAUAACUACUCUGUGAGGUACAUUGAAGAUUGUGUCAAAGCUAACAAGUUACUGGAAAAGGAGAAAUACAGGUUGAUACCUCGUAAGACGGUCAUACGCAAUGCCUCGGAGGAAGAAGUGAGUGACAUUUCAUUUGACGACAACGACUCUUUGAUUCUGAAAGCAAGCUCAAAACAUUUCAAAGGGAGGAAGAUGUACAGUUAUGACGAUGAUAUGGCAAUUCUGAAGUACAUCAUUAAAAACGACUACCAUGGCAAAGUGUCAGGAAUUUCAUUGUGGGAGGAGAUGGAAGAACUAGGGAUAACAAAGCACCCUGCUUCCUCCAUGAACACACGCUAUAGAAAAAUCAUCAAGCACAACCUCAAUUUGUAUCCUAUUCCCUUGAAACACAAGUUAAAACUCAACCCGGAAUAUCUUGCUUCCCCAGAUGAAGUAAAUCUUUCACCAGAAAAGAAAACAUCAAAGUCUCCGCUAAAAAGUCCAGGUACCGGUAAAAAAUCAGCACCUUCAUCUCCACAAAUGAAAAUUUUAUCGAGAUCGCCAAAGGCAUCCACUCCCGCUAAGCAGAAUGUUGAAAAAUCUCAGACAAAAACGAAAUCUGGGUUGAAAUCGCCUAGCCCACAAAAAACAGCGUCUUUAUCCAGUCCUCGAAAGCCCGCUUCUGCAGAGAAGAGCAAAUACUUUGCAGAAUCUUCGGAAGAUUCAGGUGAGACAAGUAAUGCUGGAGCUGGAAGAGGAAGGAAAAAAUAUAGAAAACUGCAGUUUGUUACAAACACUUCAAAACAAGCUGGGACAGAAAGUCCAUUGAAAUUGAGUAUAACUACCGAUGAUGAGUCAUCAGAGCCUAGUAAAAAGAAAAUUGGAAGGCCUCGUAGAAAUCCUCCUAGGGAAACCGAAGCUUCCCAGAACAUUGAAACUCAAACCAGAAGCACACCUUCCAAAUUACCUAAAAGCAGCCCGAAGGUGCAGAGAACAUCUAGUCGGAAUAGAGAAACAGUCGGAGAUUCCCCGCGUAAAGAUUCACAAAAUCCAGAAGAAUCGAACACUGAAAAAACAGGACGUAGUGAUGGCCAGUCAAAUGUUCAAAACUUGGAGAAGAAACUCCAGAAAACUCUGUAUAACACUGAGGGAUCUACACUAACACCGGGUCAAGUGAAGAAUUUCCCCAAGUCUCCGACCAGAUCCAAAGAAGGCAAGGCCUCUAUUGGCUGCUUGUUUAAGGCAACGUCUAACAAGGCUAGUUCUGGUAAAGAGACCGUCAAUACGAGAUCGUCACGAGUUGAGAAUGCCAACGUGCUCGAUGAUUCCAUUGAUGAUGACGAGCUAGAAGAUGACUUUGAUAAAGAACUACUGAAACGUGUUGCCAAGACAUCCACCCAAGUAUCAGAUGAUGAAGGAACAAGUACCCCGAAGAAGAGGCGCCUCAGAUCAAACCUUGCUAUGGCCAGUAAGGGGCAGAGUCCCAAGGAGAAAAUGACUUCAGUUAGACUCAGAUCUGGAAAAAGCUCCAAUUCCUCCGAGGAAGCUUCUAAAAAAACAUCCGAAAAUGCUAGAAAGCCAUCAAGUCCAAGGAAAUCCAAGACUAGAACAACCUAUGUAACAGUGUUUAAUGAUGACGAAGAAUCUGCAGGGACAGCUGAAAUUGCACAAGAAGAUACACUAAUGGAAAACUGUUUGGAUAAGGAAGACACUAAGGAUCUUAUUUUGACUUUGUGUCGAGAGUACCAGCUGACUGUAAAACAAGUUCGGUAUGUCCUAUUCAUCAACAAUGGAGACAUCAAUGAAUCGUUAGAAUGGCUGAGGACGAGCGGAGAGCGUAAUGGGAAGUUGACCUGGGACUUACAGGAUGAUGACAAAUUGGACGAAGACUUGGACAUGUUGUACAGGAAGUACGGAGAAUCAAUCGUCCAGAGGCGCAUCCUGUUCUUGGAUCAGCUGUAGAAACCUCCACCAUCAUGAUACAUGUAACACUGUGUUCAAUUUUUAAUAUAAAUGGAAAUUUGUUUGAAUGUUUUUAAGAUCAGAAGUUACUUUCAGUUUAAAUAAAAAAUCUCAG